GGCUCAUAUACGUUAACGUUUUAUUCUCUCAUCACGACGAUUUAUUUCCAAAGGCCAAAGAAAUGAGAAGUCGGGUUUCAAUGAGUGUCUUUUCCAACUGAUAAUGAAGAAUCUUUGUUGAUAUAUCCGUGGAAUCAUGAAAACAUCCUUAAAAAUCCUUACAACUUCCACUAAAGCCCGUUCAGUUGUAAGGUCCCUAUGUAUUUCAGAAUAUAGUCCUAAGUCGGCGAAUGUGUUGUGAUGACGUGUGGGUGGAAGAUUUCAGUCGUGAAGGUAUAUAUGUUCACGAUCAGGAUGUUGCCACUGGUCUCCCUACUUACACUGAGUGCCAGGGGUACAGUGUGUAGUACGAAGAUUGUUCCUCGUGACACGGCUACUGCCAUGCCAACACUACGCACGCAUACAGUAAGAAACACAUCCUUUCACACUUGACGGUUCUGGAGGCUGUCAAGUUGCGUGCUAGCUGUCCACCUGCCCUCACCUGCAGCGCACAGCCCAGCCUGGCCCGGUGCAGUGGUGGCGGGGUGGCCAUUAGCAGGACGCGUCGCCUUCCAUUAAGGGCACCGCUGGAGAUUCGCGAGACGGCGCUUUCUGACUAGCGAGAGAGUGAUGAGAGAGAGAAUCCCCGCGGGCCUUUGUGAUCCUGAGUCGAGAAUAGAAAAAGCUGCCCCUGGAACAAAAGAACUGACGGCACAUGAAAGAAAACUGCAGAAAAAGGAACGAAAUAUCGGCCUCAAAUCUCUUGAUCUGCAACACAAGAUUGCCUGCCACACGCUGCACGCUACACGCUGAUGGUGUUGUUUGGCCCCGUGUGUGUGUGUGUUGCUAGCGAUGGGGGAAAAGUGACACACCAGUCGUGACCCUCAUGACUGACCUCUGUGUGGUCGCGUGUGUGUGUGUUUGUGUGUGUACGCCCUCCUUGUGACCUUAGUGGCGAAAGGAGCGAGAAACUGUUAUGUUGUACUUGAGUACCCUUAGGUGUGAGUUCUUUUUGUUUUUGUGAUGUGUUUAGAAAAGGACGAGGAACAACGACAACAAUAACACCACGACCACCACCACAACCAACAACAAUAAUAAGAAGAAGAGAUAAAAUGGCGAUAUUGUGAUCUCUUCUGUUAUAUAAGAGUAAACACAUAAGAGGAAGCACAUAAGAGCAAGUUAACUGAUACACCGCACUUGGUUGGUUGAGUGAGUGUGUGUGUGUGUGAGUGUGUGUGUGUGUGCGCGCGUUUGUUCUGUGCUUAGAAGAGGAGGAGGAAGAAGAAGAGGAGCAACAAGAAUGGCGAUCAACGUGGUGUUUCCUUUGCUGAUUCCACUGGAGGAAGACGUUUACAAUGCGACGCGGCUCCUCACCGUGAGUGGCGGGCCGCUGGUGUUCAGCCAGGCGAGGUACUGCGUGGUGGUGGCCGAGGACACCCCACUCUCCUCCUCCCUCGCCACUGUCAAAGCCGUCCACAGACAAGGUGCUGAGGUGCGGUACACACUCACGCAGGGGAAGGUCGAGGGCCACUUCACCAUCAAUCCCUCUUCAGGCAUCAUCUACCUCGCGCAGCCACUGGACUACGAGCUCAAGGACAAGCAUGAGUUUGUGGUUCAGGGCGAGGGCGGCGGGUCGGCAGCCCACGCCCUGGUGCGGGUCGUGGUGGCUGACGUGAACGAUAACCCGCCUGUGUUUGCGCGUCCAGAACCCCACGUGACGGUGAUUGAGGAGGACGACCGCGACCUGCCUCUGCCCCUGGCCAAGGUGGAGGCCCAUGAUGCUGAUGACGUGGACGCGGGUCGCCUGCUAUACACUCUGUCGGGGGACGGUGUGGAUGGCUACGCUCCUGAUGACGCUUACUUUGAGGUCAACUCCCGGAGCGGCGAAGUGAUGCAGAGGAAGGCGCUGGAUAGAGACCCACCGAAGGGACGUGACGUGUGGCGGCUCAAGGUGACGGUGCGUGACGGACAGAUGCUUUCUUCUGGAGCCUGGGACGAUCACUCGAACUUGGCCCCACUCGCCGCCUCUGCCUCCUCUACUUCCUCCCGCGUCAGGAGGCUCGCCCGCUCUACUGACGGAGGGGAAGCGCAAGGAAGACUGGACGGGGAUUCGAGGCAAGGCGUGGAGAAGGGUGGAGUUACAUCUGAGGAGGUGAUAGUGAAGCAAGGCAAUUACAGUGGUGUUGAUGAUGGUGGUGGUGACAGUGGCGAGGGUAGCAGUGCACGUGAUGAUGGCUGGGUAAGUAGUAGACAUAGUAGUAGUUACAGUAGUAGUAGUGGACUUGUUAGUGAUGGUAGCGAUACUACUACUACUACUACUACUACUACUACUACGACUACUACCGGUUCUAUUCGGGCUGUCACCCUCAAUGGCCAGAAAGAGAAUAACAGAACUCUCGAGGAAACGACACAAGACCAAGAAAGUCCAUUCCGUCUUAGCGGAGAGGAAUUGGACUCGGAGGAGCAUAAUUCGGGGACAGAAAUUCGUCGGCGAUCCCACUUAGCGCAUAACGACACCCCGGAGUCGUGAU